GGCAGUCCAGACAAUUUUUCCUCUUAUUUUCUGCAUACAACGCACCCUACCGCUUUAUUCAUCUUUCUCUCCUUCCUCAACAGCACAACUCUCUCUCUCUCUCUCUCUCCAAGUUUGUUCCUUUGAGAAAGAACCAGCCCUUCAUCGACUUCAAAGGUUUUGGUUGUGCUGGUCGUGUAUCGUUAUUGCAUGCUUGUGUUGAGUUCGACUGGAGAGGAGCAUUAAUACCCAAGUUCUGAGAGGUGAUACAACUGCAUCUGCAGGGACCUUUUGAUCAAUUCGUCUUCUAUAAAAAGGAUCUCAAUUCAAGCCUUGUCUUUUCUUCAGGAUUUAUUGGUACGCUCUGCUGCCAGCUGUAGUUUUGUGAGAGCACAGUAUAUGGUACUAACUACUAAAGACUCCAUUUUUACUUGCUCAACUAGUAAUGAACUGGAUUUCACUUUAACUGGGUCUAUCCACCUGACCUAGUGGAGGUCAUUUUUGAGAUAGAAAAAAUGUAGCCUUGAUGGUGAUAGUGUCAUGGUUUUUAGAUCGGUAAUGCCUGGCCCUCUGUUUACUGAUGGAAAAAGUCAGAGUUCAAUGCUGUUUAGGGAGGUCUUUGAUCUAAACUAAGCACACAGGAUCUUCCUUGUGUUUACAUUAUGCAUACUAAGGUGACGGAGAGGUUGGCUAUAAUAUAAUGCCAUGGGAAAAUUCAAUUGACUACGUAAAGUUUCUGUGGUCAAUUCAUGCUUCUCAUUUUCCUAGGAUUUGGAGUUACCUCUAUGAUGUUUCUGUACGUUGGUGUCAAAUAGAACAGUGAGCUGAUGGAUAUACUGAUGAUUGUGUGCUUAGGAGUUGUCAAUGGAUGGUGAACAUACGGACCAGCUUUUGAUACAUUGAUACAUACCAUCUCUGGAGAAUCUUGUGCUCAGGUGAUGGGAUGGAACCAUGUAGUUUGGUUUGAAUGUGGAGUUUUCUAGUGCCACUUAUCAUUACCCUUGUGGUGGAUGAUUUGCCCGUGAGUAAGGAAAAACCUUCACUAAGAACUCUGAGGAGCUGAUGUUUGUAGCACUGAUACACAGAGCUUGGUGCCCUAAGAUUUGUGUAGGCUAACAGGGUGGAGUGAGUAGUUGGGGUCUUGUACAUGUCAUACCUGGAUGGGAGGUAGUGGGCUGCUAACUCAUAAUUGGUGGUUUGGGUUUCUUCAGAUUGGCAUAGGUUAUCGGUUGGAUGGCACCCUUGACUCGUGUACAGUUUCUUUUCUGUAUUCCACACGAAUAAAAUUUUCCAGAUUUGAGAUUAUGAGAAUAUCUUGGUUACUUCUUAGGACAUCAUCUUGCUGAGGAGCCUCUGUGGAGAGAGUUUUGCAAAUACUAAUAUCCUUUCUUCGGAGAUCUCCAAGCCUAUCUUUUAGAGUGCAAGUAUACCGACCAUGUGUACUCUAUAGCUUCAAGUGCCAAAUGUCUCAAGAUGCAUAUGAUGUGAAGACAACACCCUUUUAAGUCUUCGGACGAAGAUUCUUCAUAUUGGGCUAUGGGAUUUUGUAAGUGUAGAAACUUUUUGUAGACAGAGAAGGCUCCAGGUUUAAGCAAUACAUAUAUUUGAUGGUUAUACUAACUUGAUCUUGUGGAUUGACAGUUUUCAGAGUUUAUAUCUAGUGUUACCUUCUGUUCAGUGACUUAACCUCAUCUUGGUAUUUUACAUGAUAGAAAGGUAUUGUAGGCGGGAAUAUAACUUUGACAAAUUUUGUAUUAUUGAUUUAUGUUUAAUUACUUGAUUACCUAGUUUUAAAAAUUGUUUAAAACAGCAAUGGUAUAGUAUGUAUUUUUCACAAUCAGUCUACAAAGGCUCUCUUCCAUUUAUUUUACUUUUUUCAUCUCAACUUAUUUUAUAAUAUACUAAUUGUACCUUUCAUUCAUAAUAUUUUCAGCUUUCAUCUGGAACAGUUCCGACUUUUAACCUUGAUGAGAGCAUCUUUUGAAAUGUCUUUAGGGCUGAAAGUAUUAAGAACUGUGCCUUUUUUUUCAGAAUUUGGAGGCGAGGGGCCAUCUGGUAGUGGGUUUUCUGGUCUUAGUUUAUAUAUUUUAAAAUUCUCCUGUUGAUAUUUGGAUAUCAAGAAAUAAUUUAAAAAUCAAUAUAGUGUGUUAUUAAGAUUGUUACAUCUUUACACCUGCUAGGUGAUCUCUAAUCCUGUGAUUCAAAGUCCAAACGCAGAAAAAAAUGGCUCUCCCUAUUAUCAUUGGAAAAGCCAUCUUAUUGGAGAGGAAUGCAAGUAAGGGAGUUGGUUGAUGGUGAUAUAGGGUGCUAGCCUUUGUGUAAUUAGACUUGACAGAUCCUCUGCAGCACAAUUGUUUUAAGCAGAACAAAUCAUGACUUUUACUUCAGUAUUGGCCUUGAAUAGAACAGAGAUCGUGGGUCAAAGUGUGAAACCAUAUUUAUAGGCAGGACUCCUGGUCGAGUAACUAGUUGGUGAUGUUGUGGCAUAUUUUUCAUACUCAGUCAAACUAUUUUGAAAUUUUUCGAUUGGUAUGUGAAGCCGGAACUUGCUGGAAUAAUUUGUUUAAAUAAACUGCAUUUUCCUUUGCCCAUCUCUAGAAGUUAAAUUUAUCUACAUCUGUGUUGGUUGCCCUCUUCGGUUGUUGGAACUUGAUGGCCAGUUUUAACUUCUUUGAAACCUGUCUGGCUUUGGUUCGAUGGUUCUUUUCUUAUCUUUUGAAAAGAGCUGAAGGCAAUUUCUUUAAUGUAAUUUGUAUGAGGAUGCUGAUUCCUUUCUCCCAUCCACACUCUGAGUUACACAAGAAUUCUCGUUUGCUUGUUUAGAAAAGUAAAAUCCUUAUUACAAGCAAUAUUUUUGUAAUGGGCUACUUAUCAAGAUUUUAUGGUUAAUAGUUCUAACUUCUUACUGUAGUGCCUAGAUGUGGGCCUCCAUGUGUUAUAAAUGCAAAAUGUUGAAAGAAGAGAUUUGCAUGCAUGAUUAACCUUAGAAAUAUCUAAUAACGGUGACGUUUCAAGAAAAUCUUUGUUGGAUACAGCGCUGAUUUGGAGUAAAGGCGCGCAGAAAUUAAUACUAAUGUAUUUUUCAUUUUAAAUAAAUAAAUUUUUAUAAGUGACAUUUAUUUAGAUGUAUCUUCUGAAACUAAAGUUUUGAUGUGACACUCUUAGGUUGAUGUUGGAAAAUCUUGGAUCUUUUCAAAAUCCUUAAACGGUUGAGGAUGCUGUUAUAUAGUUGCCCUUUUUACUUGCUCAAUGCUCAUUAGACUUUAAAUCUGUUUAGUCGGCCUUCGUUGGUAUUUUGUGAUUUUCUUUAAUUAUACAGAUACCUCUUUGGUCAAUCAUUUUGAUCUUUUAGUCUGUUUCUGCUAUCUUCUAACUUUAAACAUUCUGGUUACUUACUACUUGCACUGUAUUUGUACAAAAAUAUGUUAUAUUUUAUUAUUUAUCAAUACCAGCUUACUUUUACACAAGUAAUUACAAGUUUGGUUGAAGUUGUGUUGAGAUUUGAGAAUAACAAAGAAAGUAAAAAGAUGUUGCCCUUGUUUUGGAAUUAAAGUAUGUAGGGGAACCUGCAGCACCGCUCUCUUUCCUUUGUUAUUUGUCCAAUAUUUUAUGAGUCCUGGAUGCGUAUCGUGACUCUCGCAGUCUGAAAAGUAAUGAAGUUAAUUACUUUUCUAUGUUUUGAGCUGCCUUUCCCUUUUUUGUGCAGGCUGUGGUUUUAUUUGGUAGAUUCUAUUUCCAGCUCAUAACUUGUUCGUGGCUGUAAGCUGACGAAAGUUAUGGGGCAUAGACAUCAGUUCAGCACAUCUCAUGUUUUUGAAAGUGAAAAUGAUCAGAAUUGGAAUCAUAUGAAUACGGAACAACCUUUUGGGCAUUUAGGCCAGGCUGGCUCUGGGGAGAACGGUUCUUUCUUUUAUCCUGUAGAAAAUAUGUUUAUAGAUGGAGCGCCUUUUGCUUCAAAUUGGAACCCGGCUCCGAGGUCAUAUGGGUACUCUUCCAUGAACCACAAUAUUGAUGUACCACAUUAUCAACCUGAUGCUUCUGGUCCGUCUCAUGACCCUUUUCAGCAUCCAAUAAGUGCUGGUACCUUUGGCAUGUCCAGUGGGAAUUAUGCUCACCAUGCACCUUCUUCUAGUUAUGACCGGCGUACAUUCCAUGGUGUUGAGGGUAGUUUUGUUGAUCUUACAGUGAGCAACGGAAGAGGUCCUCACAAGAGAAAAAGCCCAGGGAUCCCUUCAGUAUCUGAGAGAGGCAGCACCAGCAGAUACUAUAGCUCUGGCAGUAGUUCCUCUGAGCUCCCUAGAUCUUCAGAGUUGCAGCAGGAGAAAGUAAACAUGGAUACCUCACACGUGCCUUGGGAUCACAUUUCUAUGGGCCCCAGCUAUAGAGGGAAUGGACUCUCGAUUAGGGGUGAAGGAUCCAUGAGAAAUGUGAGAAGCCGGUCUGAACAUGAUUUGGAGUCCAACCUAGCGAGGACACAUUUAUCGACCAAUCCUUUGCACACUUCUUAUUCUACAAAUCUCCCUAUUGACCAUUCUAGUACAAUGGAUCUCUCUGGUCAGGGUUCCACUGGUUUGACCAAUGAGUGGAACCAUAUUAGUGUGGCUCCUCAUGGAAGGAUUAUAGCUCCAGAUUCAAGUGGUUUCGGUCAUGAUCCGAACCACUUCCUUGUGGGAAGUAGUGGUAAUGCUUCUGCGGAUACUGGGUUAUACCAUCAUGAUUUCAUGUCGAGCAGAAGUAAUGCGGUCCCUCAAAGUUAUCCUGGUGCCUUAGCCCCAACUGUAAGGGGUGUUCGCAGUACCUACUCUCAAAGAUCUACCCCAGCCUUCAGGGCUUCUUCAAGCAACUUGCGAUUGGGACAUGUAGCACAUUCAGAUGAAGGAUUGCAGCUGAUGCCAGAAAAUUACCCAAGACAUCCUAGGCCAGUGGCCUCUGUUGGGUGGCGUCAUAAUGACAGGAGUGGUAGAUUAAGGAUGUCUAAUGAUAGAUACCGAGUCCCUGAAGCGUCUGCUCUCCAGGAGCGGUUUACUUCUGAGGGUUUUAUGACUGUGGAUCGCCCAGCCUUUUAUGGGUCCAGAAAUAUGCCUGAUCAUCAUAGAGAUAUGAGGCUGGACAUAGACAACAUGAGUUACGAGGAACUCCUUGCACUUGGCGAAACAAUUGGGAAUGUGAGCACAGGCUUGUCUGAAGAUCUGAUACCGAAGUGUUUGACAGAAACAAUAUAUUGUUCAUCAGAUCAAAUCCAGGAGGAAGUCUCAUGUGCAAUUUGCCUGGAAGAGUACAAUGACAGGGAUGAUGUUGGUGCGCUGAAAAGUUGCGGUCACGAUUACCAUGUGAGCUGCAUCAAGAAGUGGUUGUCAAUGAAAAACUCUUGUCCAAUCUGCAAAGGUUGUGUUCUUCCUGAUAAUAUGAAGGAGAAAUAAUUUAAUCGCAUUGCCAGCGGCUUCAUUAAAUUUCCAUUCUUGUAUAUAUAUUUAGAGAUAAUCCCGAAAACGGGGGAAGCGAACUUGUUGCGAAUAAUUUAAAGAGAUUGUUAGCCAAUUUAAAUUCAUUUGUUUCAGGCUUCAAUUUAAAUGUUGUGAAGCCUUUUUGCAACUCUUGUUUUGUAUGGGGCUUUAGUGGAUAGAUGUUUUUUUUUUUUU